UUUUUCUGUAGAAAUAUGGAUAAUGCAUAAAUAUCAUAAUAAUAUCAUAAUAAUAACGAUAAUAUGGCUGCACCAUACCUAGUUAAUCCUUUUUACACAAGCUAACAGACUCAUGUAUUGUUCUCAUAAUGUAUGUGUUAUUUCUUUGAAAAAUAAAACACAGAGCUAACACAGAGAUACAACCAUUCACAUCAACAGCCAAGUAGAGUAACCUCAAGGCGCUUUAUAUUGUCGACCCUAAAAUAAUACUGUGGUAUGACUGAGACAGCGGGACCACAGAUUCAGUGUUAAAGCCAUUUUAUUUAUUCUGGCUGCAGCUCUCGGCUGUCAGCCGCACAGCACACCACAAAAACCAACACACAACAACCCACACAAAAUAGUGUUCCCGUCUUUGUUUUGCACUUUUUUUUGUUUUCACAACCCUCAUACGGUCAAGAGAAGCAAAUCCACUAACCUUUAAUCACGGAAGAGCUACGAACCACACUGUGAAGCAUGGAGAAGGUGUGAUGGUGUGGGGGUGCUUAGCUGGUGACACUUUUGGAGACUUAUUCAAAAUUGUAGGCACACUGAACCAGCAAGGCUACCACAGCAUCCUUCAGUGUCAAGCCAUUCCAUCCAGUUUGCAUUAGGUUUGGCCAUCAUUUAUUUCUGAUAAGUCUGGAGACUGUGCUGCCACUCCAUGUUUUCAAGCUCACCAUCUUGUUCUUUCUUCCUGAGGUAGUUCUGGCACAGCUUGGACUUGUGUUUUGGGUCUUCUUGCUGUAGGCGCACACCAGAGGGUCCUGCACGGUGCUGCAGAAUGCUGUCGUAGCUGUUUUGGUUCAGGGUGCCUCUCACUCUGUAUAAGUCACCGACCCUGGAUCUAGCAAAACAGCCCCGGACCAUCACACAUCCUCCUCCACAUUUGACGGUUGAUGGCACACACUGUGGAACCAUCCUUUCACCUACUUGAUGGCGUACAAAGAUCCUACGUGAUGAACUGAAGAUUUCAAAUUUUGAUUGAUGAGCCCAUAAUACCUUCUUCCAGUCUUCAGUAGUCCAAUGGUGGUGUUUCAUGCCCAGGCAAGCCUCUGUCUUAUUCUGAAGUCUUAGCGAUGGCUUUCUUGCUGCAACUUGUCCUGUCAAACCUGCAGCUUGAAUGAAGUCUUCUCUUUACAGUUGAAACUGAGACUUUCUUACGACCACUAUUAAGCUGUGCUUGAAGCUGUUGUCCUUGUGAGCCGCCGAUCACACAAGCUGUUAACUCUCAGAAACUUGAAAUUUCUUUGAAAUUUCUCUGUAGGAAAGAUCUACAUUUUUAGGUGUUAUGAUUGUUAUCAAGAAAUUCCAUUGUUAAUUGCCUUUUUCUCGCCAUUUUUGUAGCAACACACUACUUUCUGCAGUACAAUACUGUUCAAUUGAUACUGACGAGGGUAUGGUACCACAGUGUAUUCCAACACUGCUUUUAUACAGACAGAGGGGGUUGUAAUUAAUCCAGAAAAGUUGGAACACCUGUAGGAAUUACUCACACCAGCUUUCAAAGCUUCAUGAACCGCCAUUGCUGCAGAAGAGCUUUAAAUUGUUAACCCAUGUUUUCUUCCCUGAAAAAGGCCUGUUUGUAUAAUUCUGAAAUAUACAUUAUGUUUCAGUUUUGGUUAACCUUACCUUUUUUUAACCUCUAGCAGUUCACCUACCUUGAAUGUACUUGAAUGACUUGAAUUGCAAUAAAUAACUGGACUUUCGAUUGGUAGUGUCUAUGUAUAUGUCUGUGCGUGUAACAAACCUUCAUGGUGACAUCUGCACACUGUAAUGAAACACUACCUUUUUUUGUAAGACAGGCAGAAAGGCUGGGGCAAUAGUACAUGCUCACAGUUUUCACAAAAUCUGAUUAAGUUGUAUACGCAAGUUUUUUUUUCUGUGCUUAGAAACUGCAAUCUGUCCUCAGUGAGAGUGUCACACUGUUCUAAAAUACUCCACAGUGUCUAGUUAGAGUCAGUAAUUAAACAAGACAUCUGCUAGAACGAGGAGCCAACUGAAAAUGAAGCAAAUUACUUUAUUACUGCUGUUCAAAAAAAUUGGAUACGAGUGUAAAAGUUAAUCCACUGCUCGGGUCAAUUAAAGCCAAGAGAAACGCCUAAGUUAAAAUUUUUCCUUUCCCUGUGAUUGGAUCACUAGCUGCCCAGUUUGCAUGCCAAACUGUCCUUGGGAAAGAUAUAGGACCCCAAGUUGGACGGAAAACUCCUUUAAAAAGUGCUCGUUUCAAUGAGGCAUGUUGUGAAGUGCUUUGAGUACCUAAGUGAAAAAGUCAUAUAUAAGAACUAACUCAUGAUAAAAAGAAAUAAAGUGGACUAACUUAGUUGUAACAUUUUAUAUUCUUUCUACUACUAUGUUUAGUAGAAAGAACUUGAAGUCACUUUAAGUAGUCAUGUAUGAUUUGAUCAGUUUUUUACAUCAUUGUGGAUGAACUUAGGGCCACUCUUCUUUACAGCUUUACUUAAGUUUAUUUAUGCUCAGCUCUCCUAAGGUCUGAUGAGUGCAGUUCAGUUAGGCUUAGGUCUGCUCUUUGACUGGGCCUCCCUUUGAGAAGCAGUCUCAAAGGGAGUUCUGUAGCUCACAUGUUGGAGCAGGUCAUCUACUAAUCAGAAGGGUAGGGUUCAAUCCUUGGCUCCUCCCAUCUGCAUGCCAAAUAUCCUUGGGGAAAAUACUAAUGUCAAGUUGAUCUCUGAUGCAUCCAAAAUGUGAAUGUGUGUGAAUGUUAGAUGGAAAGCAUUGAAAAAACUGCUUGUAUGAAUGGAUGUGAAUAGGUGAAUGGGGCAUGUUGUAUAGAGAAGAAGAGUGCCACUUGGUGAUGAUCAAUUAAUCAAGUAUGUUUAAAAACCAGCACCUGGCUGCUGCAUACCCUCUUGAUUCCUAAGGUAACAGUAUGGGUGUACUUAGUUUAAUAUGUCAUGUGUUACUGUUCAUCUAGCUGGCAAACCUUUAGGACACGCUAAAGAUCUGAUUAUUUUUAUGAUGUCCUGAUUUGUAUAAUAACCUGGAAUUUAAAGAUGGUAUGUUUUUUUCACACAACCGAGAACAGAAAAGAAGACUUACUCACUGUGAUGCAUCAAAAUCAUGAUUGGAGUGCAUCCUUAUAAACACAUGUCAAAUACCAACAGUCUGGUGUGGGUCUGGAUUCGGUAUAAUCUUACACAUAGGAUGUCAGACCCUCAGGCUACCCUCUUGCUUGGCUCACCCACAGUUUUUUCUGUUUCUCUGUUUGGUCAGAGGCAUUCAUACCAGAGGCCUGUUCAAAGUCAUUUGUAGAGCUCUAGCAGUCCUCAUCCUGUUUCUUCUUGAACAAUGGAGCAGAUACCUUUAUUGAUGAUGGCUUAACAACCAUCUACAGACCUGUCUGGUUCUCCAAGAGUAUGCCUGUCUCCUGGAAUCUCCUCCGUGCUCCUGAGACUGUGCUGGCACCUUACAGUAAUGCAAAACUCCAGUUAGCUUCAAGGCCUGUGAUACACAGAAUUUUUUAAACCACUUACAGGUCUGCAUUUCUCAUUUUUGCCAUGGAACAGGAUGUCCUGCUACGAACACAGCAGCAAGCACCUGGUUACCGUUCAAGCAUUUAGAUUCUGACGGGCAACCAAUCAGAAGAAUGUUGCCUUAAAACAACGUUCUUUUCUUUCCAAGAAUAAAAAUAAUGAGCAAUUAACUUUAUAGUUGAUCAGCAAUCAAGAAGUUACAGCAAUUCACAGACAUAGAUUGAUUAUAACUAUAUAUUUGUUAUUAUAUUAUAUAGUAGUAAUAAAACAAAUGAAUCAGAAUUUUGAACAUAUGUCAAAUUAAGAACCAUUUCAAAAAUUGUUGAUCAGCAGAAAGCUGGUAUAUGUUUGGUGAGAGUAUUCACAUCUCUCUGUUACUGUCCCUUUAAGCAGUCAGUGUAGACUGUGACUGGCCAGCUGAGUGAGUGAGUUUCAGCCUGUACUGCUGUAGUGUCGAGCCAGAGCAGCAGACAGCACAGGUGCUCAAGUAGAGCUCUCACCCUGAUACACACACAAACACAGAUUAUUCACACACAAUCGUGCACAUUCUCUGAGUAGAGACAGCAUGAGUACAGUGUCUGAGUCUCUAGAUGGGAGCAGCAGGUCUCUGUCUGCAGCCAGGAGACACAAGAGUAUCAGGAAAACCUCCAGGAGGAUUUAUUCUGCCUACCAGGACCACCAGGAGGGCUCCUCAGAUGAAGAAGACAAAGUAGAUGAGAGGGUGGACAGCAAUGAUCCAGAGGAGAUGUUCCAAAACAUUCAGUACCAGAAGGAGAUCAUCGCCAAUAUUCGGACUAGGCCCUGGCCAAUGAGGCGCAAACUCAAAGUCCUAAAGCAGGCCAGAGAGAUUGUUCUGAGAUAUGAGGGCCGACUAACCAGAACCAGAGGUUACCAGACCGCAGGAGCUGAUCUGCUGAAGAAACUUUCCCGUUUGCUUUACAACAUUGUGGUGCUGUUCAUUCCUUGGGAAGUCAGGAUCAAGAAAAUUGAAAGUCACUUUGGGUCAGGCGUGGCCUCCUACUUUAUCUUCCUCCGCUGGUUGUUUGGGAUCAACAUUGUUCUCACCAUCAUGACUGGAGCCUUCAUUGUCCUACCAGAGCUGCUGGCUGGAGCACCAUUUGGAACAACAAGAAGUAAAACUAUUCCCAAGGAACACCUGGCUUCAGCCCAGGACCUGGACACCAUCUGGUCUCUUGGGGGCUACCUCCAGUACUCUGUGUUAUUCUAUGGUUACUAUGGCAGGGUGAGGAAAAUCGGCAGUGCAGGGUACCGAUUACCCCUUGCCUACUUCCUGGUUGGAAUGGCUGUCUUUGCCUACAGUUUCAUCAUUCUGUUGCGAAAAAUGGCAAAGAAUUCACGCCUGAGCCUGGCCAGUGCUUCUGAUGAAAGCUUCACUUUCUGCUGGAGAGUGUUCUGUGCCUGGGAUUACCUGAUAGGAAACCCAGAGGCUGCAGAGAGCAAAGGAGCUGCCAUUGUUAACAACAUCAGGGAAGCCAUUGUCGAAGAGCAAGAAAAGAAGAAGGAUACCAGUCUUGCAGUUCUGAUCAGUCUACGGAUCUUGGCCAACAUCCUGGUGCUCCUCUCUUUAGCAGGGAGCAUAUACAUCAUUUACUUUGUGGUGGAUCGUUCUCAGAAACUGGAGCAGAAGAAGCCGGAGCUGACGCUAUGGGAGAAGAAUGAGGUGAGUGUAGUGGUUUCUCUCAUCACCAUGAUUGCUCCAUCUGCUUUUGAACUGGUGGCUCAGCUGGAGAUGUACCACCCACGAACCUCACUGCGAUUCCAGUUGGCCAGGGUCCUUGUCUUAUACCUUGGGAAUCUCUACAGUCUCAUCAUUGCUCUCCUUGAUAAAGUCAACAGUAUGAGCUCUGCUGUCCACGUGAGUAACAGUAACUGGAAUGAGUCCAGCUCCUUUCUGGCCACAAUAUCUCAUCCUGAGGGAAACAGCCUCUCCACCCUAGUGUCAGAUAUCUCCCUCUCUAAGAAUCACAACAGCACCACAGCAACCAUCGCCACAGUGCUGGCUGUAACCAGCAGGAGCAGCUCAGGGGACGUCUACAACCAGACAGCUGUGUUUGAAAAGAACACCCGACAACAGGAUCAGUGCUGGGAGACCUAUGUUGGACAGGAGAUGUUGAAGCUGUCCAUCAUUGACAUGAUCUUCACAGUGGCGAGCAUCCUGCUCAUUGACUUCAUCAGAGGUCUAGUGGUUCGCUACCUCAGUGACUGCUGCUGCUGGGAUUUAGAGAGCAAAUUUCCUGAAUAUGGAGAAUUCAAAAUAGCCGAGAAUGUCUUGCAUCUAAUUUAUAACCAAGGAAUGAUCUGGAUGGGGGCAUUUUUUUCUCCCUGUCUUCCUGCCUUUAAUGUGCUGAAGCUGAUUGGUCUGAUGUAUCUGAGGAGCUGGGCUGUACUUACCUGCAAUGUUCCCCAUCAGCAGGUCUUUCGAGCAUCCAGGUCAAACAACUUCUACCUGGCUAUGCUGCUUUUCAUGCUGUUUUUGUGUAUGCUGCCCACCAUCUUUGCUAUAGUGAGAUACAGACCAUCACAACACUGCGGACCUUUCAGUGGUCAAGAGAAGAUUUACGACAUCAUCUCUGAGACAGUGGCCACUGACUUCCCGGUGUGGUUCAGUAAAGUAAUAAGUUACAUCACCAGUCCUGUCGUCGUACUGCCAGCACUGCUGCUGCUGUUCAUGCUGAUAUACUAUCUCCAGUCUAUCGCCAGAUCCCUCAAAUUCACCAACAACCAGCUAAGGAUGCAGCUCCAGACUGAGCGCACUGAAGACAAGAAGAAAGUCUUCCAGAUGGCUGCAGCGAGACUACAGAUUCCAGAGGCUGCUGCAGACAAAAAGUCAGAUCAUGAGGAAAACAACAUCGCCAGCCAAGAGUCCUCUAACCACACCCCAUCUCCCUGUCAGAAUAGCAGCACCACAAACUUUGAAUCCCCUGUUCAUCGUGGGAAUUGCAUCCGCACCAUCACGAAAUCAGUAUCUAGAGGAGACCUGAACAGAGGAAGUGUGGCCGGAUCUAUCAGAAGUCCAGCAGUAACCGUACUGCCCAAACAUUGGCUGGAGCACAUUCCUAACAGGCCUCCACCUUUUCUUGGUGGUCCUAGUGGUACCUGCAGAUCCAAGUCCUACCAUCACAUGGUAUACAAUUCUCCACCUCACUGUUCUGACAGCAUUCACUCUGACCCCUUGUGCAGGAAGACUGUACAUUCUGUUCAUCCAGUUGAAGCUGCUGGGAUCAUUACUGCACAGAGUUAUAGAGGACGCCGUGGUCACACCACCCGCUAUGUGAUUGUCAAUGAGCAUGAACCCAGGAAAAAGUUGCUGCGCUCAGCCACACGGAUCCCACGCCAUUAUUUCAUGGAGGAACCCACAGAGAUCAUGGAACUGUACCCACGUAAUGUCAGACGCUACACACCACGCAAUGCUCACAGUAAACCACGUCCUUACCAGUCCCACGCAUCACAGCAACAUCCGAGUGAAGAGGAUGAGGAGGAAGACCAAGGGAAAGGCAGGAGAAAGAUGUCACUAGGGAAAACUCAUCGGGCCCGCUCACCGUCUAACCUCCAACAGCCAGCACAUUUCUACAUUGGUGACCGUCUAGAAACCUACAUAACUAUAUCUAAAGAAAACCACACAGCUCAAGGAAGAUAUGGGGCUCAAGACGUAGAUGAAGAGGAGAAUGGAGUAGGAGAAAUAGCCUGUGAAGAUGAAGAGUCACACUCUGAGUCACAGGCUAAUGUGAGAGUAGUUGACCCUCUUCUUCUGCAAACCAGAUGUCACAUUCAUUCCCCGAGAAGACAGUAUCUGUCUCAAACUCGGGCCAGGCAUGUUGAGCCUCAUGUGAAGUCCAAGACAAAGCAAAAGCUGGAGAAUGUGCAGACUGAGUCAGACUCAGCUUCCCUGGCCUCUAGCAGUGACCAGCAGAAUAGCAGCAAUGACCAGUAUAUUCAGGUUAUCCACAACAAGGAGCGCUAUUUGAAGUCUGGAGCCAGGCAAGGACAAAUGGCCAAAAAGAAAUCCAAAACCAGCUUUGAUCUAAAAAUCACUGAAUCAAACGAUCUGGUCUGCUCCAAUGUUUGAAAUGUUGGUUUCUGUUAAAUAAUAUAUGUAGCAUUAGGCAUUAACUGACACUCUGCACUGAAAGCACACAAAAAUGUCAUUUCCUUUCUGUGUUUGUGUGAUUCCAUAUCCUUUUGAUGCUGUUAAAUAAUUGCACUAGCUAUUGUGGAAGUGCAAAGAACAAUAGAAGAAUGUGUCUACUUGUGUAACAUCAGCAAUAAAAACAUAAACAACUUAAAUAAUUACAUUUGGUUGCCUUUUAUUAUAGAUGGAUAGAUAGAAUUGUAUCCGAGCUGACUAAAAAUACCCAGCUUAAUUUGCUGUAAUCACGGAAGAGGGUGUUCACGGGUGCGUGUGAAGCUGGA